ACGUAAAAGUGUUGGAAUGCUACCGAUUGAGGUUGUAGUUUGCGAUAUGAUGGUUUUGUUGUGUUGACUGCACUGCAAGUGCUGCAGGCGAUGGGGGUUCAGCUCUGAGCAAUGCUACUGCUCAGUGAACUGUCGCGGGUUUGUCAGUUCCAAGCACAGGUGCAAGUAAAUAUGCUGACUGAUCAAGCUCUCUUACUCCAGUGAUAGUGGAGUCCAAAGGAUGUCAGAGGACCAGUCGGCGGCGGCGGCGGCGGCGGGCGGCGGCAGCGGCGGUGGCGCGGACCGGGCCCGGCCGCCCGGCGACAUGCUGGCCAUCAGUGUCGCUAUCCCAGACGCCGCCGCCUCCGAGCUAGACUCGGCGUCGACCACGCCCGCCGGCGACGAGGGUGACCCGUUCCACCAGCCGGUGGGCCAUCUGUCGCCGGGCGCGCUGCGGCGCGGCCCCGGCCGGCCGCGCAAGGACACCGUCAGUCCGGUCGACCAGCGCCGGACCAUCGGACUGAAGCUGAAGCGACUGAGCAGCGGCACGUACGUGCGCGGCGUGCCGCGAGGGCCGCGCGGCCGACGCAAGUCUGACCUGCCGUCGCCGCUGCCGGGCUCGGUGGCCGACCCGUGGGGCGACAACUCGCGCGACGCCGAGGACGACUGCUCGGACACCAGCUCGGUGCAGAGCUCGCUGGACCGCUCGGCCAGCCUCGACGAGUCGCUCGUGUUCCAGGAGCGCUGGCCGGGCAAGGUGUGCGCCCUGUGCAACCUGGGCGAGCGCAGCAUCCUGGGCCAGGGCGACAUGCGGUGCGUGCCGGGCACGGCCGGCGCCGGC